AUGGCUGCUGACGAUGCUUGUCUCGUUCACUCCCGGCCCGCCGUCUCAUCACCGUCUCAUGCUUCUCGAACUCGUUCGUCUCGAUUCAUGCUUGGGCACCAUCGUGGGUUGGUCGAUCCCGGGAGCUCGCCAGUCGUGCCCAACGUCCAGCGCAGCGGCGCCCCUGAGGAUGACGUCGGCUGCCCGGGCACGGCGGUCGGUACCUGGCCAUGGGUCAAGGGCGCGCGCUCUGGGCUGUCGCGCAGGCACCGUCGUCGGAGAAGGGGUGCCACGGGCGUGUCCGGGCACUCGGUCCACGCCGCGACCGUGAUGAUAGUGCUCUGCCUCGAAAUGGGGUUCCUCGUGGGCAAAGUGCCGUGGAGGCAUCUGAUGGAUAUCCCGUCUUCCUCGGCAGCCGGACCGAUGCGUCGUCCGGUCACGGGUCGCUUCCAAGCGAGGUGGACCGUGGCCGUCGGCACCAUCCCCUCCCGCCAGCGAGGCUGCCUCCCGCAGCGAGCCAUCGUCCUCCGCGGCACGCCCGAUUCGCAUCCGCAUGGCCGCGUGGCUGGCUGGCCGGCGGAGGAGGCCAGUCGAAGCCGAGGAAGAAAUGGUCGUCGGGCGCCCGUCGAUUCGGUUCCCGCGCCACACGACCGGCUCGGAAGCACUGGGCAGGGCGCCAAAGGCCACGAGGCCACGAGGGCACGGCCGACUGCGGUGUGCGAGGACGAGCGGGCAGGGAGGAGGGACGAGUUGCAUGCGCAUUACGGCGGAUUGCCCUACCCGUGCGUGACCGACAAGCGAGGCGGACGGCUGCGUGGCGUACGAGGACAUGCAGCGCGGUGCGCCGCGAGCCCAGGCAGGCAAGGCAUCUCGAUGGCAUGCGAGGCACAGUGGACGCCGGCGGGAGACGCGUCCAGCAGGCAGGCAGGCAGGCAGGCACGUGUCGUGUCGCCAUGCCGCCCGAUGCAUCGUCCUCCCUGGCCUCGCCAUGGAUCCGUGAACGUGUAUUCCGUACGAGGCUCGGCGAGGGAGCGACCCGGGCCGCGAGGACGAGUGCAAAGGGAAGUAUUCGGUCAUAUGCUGUGCGAGCACGAGAACGAGGAUGCGUACGGCACACCCCUCCCCCUCCAGGGCCCCUCCGUUUCCUCGCUCCUUAUCGAGCCGGCCCCGCCCCUCCCCCGCUCCUCCCGCCAUCUCCCUCCCCUCCCAGUCCUUGCCCACCCCCCCUCCCCUCUCUGCAGUUGGCGAUGGGUGCACGAGACUGGCAGGGACAGGGGCAGGGGCAGGGGCGGGAGCAAGGGACGAGCUCGCCACGCCCCUCCGACCUUUGCGCGGCGCACCCAGGCCGUGGCCGAAGUUGGCCGCGGACACGUCGUCCAGCGGCGUCGUCUGCAUGGGCAUGUGCUUGCCGAGUACGGAGUACACUUGUCUACGACGACAUGCACGGAGCACGGAGCACGAUGCACAUGA